AUGGCUGGUGGUGGUGUUCAGCAGGUGGUGGCCGUGCUCGCGGUGGUGGCGCUCAUGGCGGCGGCGGCGGAGGGUUUCAUCUCCAAGAAGACGUGGAGCGCCAUCCGGCGGGCGGACCGCGACGGGCCCUUCGUGGGGCUGGUGGUGCCCAACGCCUACGAGAUGGAACCCGUCCUCAACUCCCCCGACUUCAAGCCCAGCAACAACAUCCCCAUCCUAGAUGUUCAAGGGCGACGAUUCCGCUUCGGAACCAUUGGAGGCCAAAACGUUGUCAUGGUCAUGACUGGGCUGAGCAUGCUGAAUGCAGGGCUCACAACCCAGCUGCUGCUGAGCCUGUUCAGGGUGAAGGGCAUCGUGCACUGGGGCAUCGCCGGCAACGCCAACGAGGACCUCCAGAUCGGCGACGUGACCAUCCCCGAGUCCUGGGCGCACUUGUCCCUGUGGAACUGGCAGAGGCACGGCGACGGGCCGGAGAACGAGCUGCCGCUGGAGGGCGCCGGCGACUACACGAGGGAGUACGGCUUCCUUAACUUCUCCGACUACACUGUCGGCCAGGCCAACCCGGAGCUGUCGGCGAACACGCUGAACAGCGUGUGGUACCAGCCGGAGGAGAUCUUCCCGAUCUCCGGCACGCCGGAGGAGCGGCAGCACGCGUUCUGGGUGCCGUUCAUCCGCGCCCACUUCGGGUGCACACCCGUGGAGAUGGAGAGCGCCGCCGUCGCGCUCGUGGCGCACCAGUACGGCGUCCCCUUCAUCACCAUCCGCUCCCUCUCCGACCUCGCCGGCGGCGGCUCCUCGCUCAGCAACGAGGCCGCCACGUUCCUCGACAUCGCGGCCAAGAACGCCGUCGACGUCAUGCUCAAGUUCGUGCCCCUCCUCGGCCGCGGUGGCGAGCAGGAGCAGGCCGACGGCCUGACCGAGGACAUGUAA